AAUUACCGCUGAAAUUACAAACUGAUUUGGCACUUUCAGUUCAUUACAAUACACUUAGUAAGGUUCAACUUUUCCAGGAUUGUGAUCGAGCUUUACUUCGCGGAUUAGUACUUAAACUUCGACCAGUAAUUUUUCUUCCCGGUGAUAUGAUUUGUAAAAAAGGAGAUAUUGGAAAGGAAAUGUAUAUUGUCAACGAUGGUAUUCUUCAGGUUGUUGAUGGUGAACAAAGUAACAAAGUUUUUGCUGAACUUACUGAAGGAUCAGUUUUUGGUGAAAUUAGUCUAUUGGCAAUUGAUGGUAAUAAUCGCCGAACUGCAAAUAUUCGUUCCAAAGGUUAUUCAACACUGUUUGUUCUUUCAAAGGAAGAUUUGAAUGAUGUGAUUAAAGAUUAUCCGGAUGCGCAAGAAUUAUUGAAAAGAAAAGCUAGAGAGAUGCUGAAAAAAGAUGAAAAAGCGGAGAAGAAAAUUUCAUUGGAAAAAACAAUGGAAAAUUAUCCAAUAUCAGCACAUAUCAAUACACCACGACUUAUCAAUACAGUUAUAGAAGCAAUCUCAUCAAACUCACCAAUUCUCAAACAAAUCGAUCCAUCUGCACCAUUCAGUUGCGCAAUUAUUUCAUCGUUGGGUGGUGCAAAACCAGGUGGUCCAGCAUUGCUCAGUGAACUGUUUGAUAAAUUUGAAUCAAACAUAACUUUAGUAGGAGAUGGAGGCUGUAAAGUGAAUGGCGAUGAUCUAUGA